AUGGCUCUCAUCGACGUAAAAAGAGCACUCACGUUGUCGUCGCAUCCGCAUCCGCCUCGCUCACAUACCACUGCGGCAGUGUCUUAUCCUUAUCGCGGCACGUUUAACGAGACCUACGAAGUACACGAUCCACAUACGUUGACGACUCUUUCACCGCAACGCCAGCAGCAGGCUGCUCCCCGACCCUUACCUGAACCUACCUUUGACCCAGAACUACGACCUUCGAGUGCUUUUGGAAGUACUCGAUCGUUGCGGAGAACGUCUCGUCACUUUCAGCGCUCACCAUCGGUCGAUGUGUCCGGACGUCCUAUCGAAGUAGAGCACACAAUUCCUGUCUUGGUGCAGUCAAUCUCGGACCACGGUAACGGUAUUGCUGCAUUACGUCCUGCGCUUUCGGAAGCGCAUACAGAUCACGACGAGGAGGCCGACUCGGCACCGGAAGAUCAUCUUGAACGGGCGGACACCUCGCACUGGCCUCGUAGGUCUACACGAGUUUCCCCCCGCACAGGAUCUGCGAUUCUUUGGACGCUGGAAGAAGCGAUUCGCAAACCAUUUCCCUUUACAACAGAUUGGGAAGAAGUGAAUGCACUCAUGUCUGACGCAGCAGGUACAACCGGCUUCAGCGCCAAUGGUCGCACCCAGAAUGGAUCGUCUCGAGCCGCCCAGGGCCCGGUCCCUGUCAAUCCACACCCGCCAAGUGGUGUGCGGACUCCAACGGACAUCAUGAGACAGCGCCGGGAUCGCGAGGCUCGCAAGAAGGCAGAACAGGAAGCUAGGGAUCGGGAGCAGGAGCAAAGCAAGGCUCAAGGGCAAGCGCAGCCUUAUGCUGCUGGCGUUGCCGGUGACAGAGGCUCACAACGGCGAGCGACGCAAAGGGCGCCCACAGGGCCGGAGGCGCAAGAUUUACGCACCACCACCAUUCCAGAACGGUCGACUAGCAACGCUCGACGGCCAGAUCCUUUGUCUCCCGCACAGGCAACAGGCACCGGUGCGGGACAUGGUCAUGCGAGGCCGACGACAUCGGCAGGACAAUUCAAUCCAGCUCAGCAGUCUCAAAUCCCGCCUCAGAGCUCUGCAGGGGUUUCCAAACCGCAAGGUCAAGCCCCAGCGUCUAACCAACCGAGCACAGGAUCUCAACCGCAACAGCAAUCUCGCCGAGUGCCGUUCCCGCAUGCCUUCGAGCGUUGGGAGACUCUGUCAUCUCACUGGGAAGGAUUGACAGGCUACUGGAUCCGCAAGCUGGAACAGAACAACGAAGCACUCGAGCGAGAUCCUCUUAAUCAGCAGAUGGCUCGUCAAGUCACUGACCUUUCUGCUGCUGGUGCAAAUUUGUUUCACGCCGUUGUAGAGCUGCAGCGGUUGCGCGCAUCCUCUGAGCGGAAGUUUCAGCGCUGGUUCUUCGACACUCGCACGGAACAAGAAAGGGCGAAGGAGUUGCAAGCAGAGCUCGAGCGGCAGAUCCGAACUGAACGGCAAGCCCGCGCGGACGCUCUUGCCUCCCUACAGAAGGCUGAAAGCGACAAGUCGCGCGCGGAAGAAUUGCUCAAAGAGAUGCGUCGGGAGUUGCAAAUUUCGAAAGAAGAGGCUCGCCGCGCCUGGGAAGAACUUGGUCGGCGCGAGCAGGAGGAGCGCGAGAGGACCAAUUCCCUCCGUAACGGCGAGCCCACGUUGGUAGGAGGAGUGCAAGUGGUGCCCAUGGUCACUGGGGCCUCGCAUCGUCAGGCAUCGACCGCUCGUUCCCAAACUCGCGAGAGCCCCUAUGCAACCGGUGGAGCUACUAGUGGGGAAGGAGCGCCAAAGAGCACGGUGGACACCGAAGGUCAAUACUAUGGCGAGACCGCUGCAUCGCCCACCGGCACGGAUCCUUUUGUCGAAGGACCGCCACCGGCUUCUUCUGCAGAAACUCAGAGGCAGUAUCCUGCGCACUAUUACGACCAAGAGCCCGGCUACCCUGCUCGACCAACGUCAGAAAAUGACGAUCGCUCGUAUGGUCCUAGUGUAGCCAGCAGUGAACCAGGCGAAGACGAAUUUGGGGCCAGCUAUCGCCGCAAUUCACAAGGGCCGAUUGUUUAUCCUCCGACAAUGUCCGAAGGGAGCGACGAUUAUGAGCACGGCUCACUAGACGAAUCAGGAUACCCUCCCAGCUCGUUGCCUGCAUCGUCAGGGUCUAUCUAUGGAGGCUACAACCAGAGUGUCGACUACAGUGGCUCGGGCUGGGGCGUCGGCUCUGGGUGGGAAUCAAUGACUCCCCGGCAUCGCCAUCCUACUCGCCUAAGCGAUGUCAUUGAAGAGGAGGAGCCGCGCACCACGCCUAGCCGUGCCAGUAUGGCUAGCCGCAGUGUACAGUGA